AUGACGUUGCCUCCAAGAGGUCCCACUCAGAGCUGCGUCGUCAGAAUAAGCCUGAAUGAGUUUGAGCAGCUGAUGCACUGCCUUUAUCUUUUACAUCAUCUGUCUCUUACUAUACUGAUCUUUACACAGAUCUGGUUCGUGAGGGAACACCUGGACCCCGAGGCCCGACCAGUGCUGCAGAAACCCACACACCUGACCUACCUGCAGAGUAUGUGUACUGAGUCUGAACUGGAUCAUCAGUGUGUUCAGCAGCAGCUCUUCAUGAUGUGUGUGUCGAGAUGUCUGCUGUGUGUCGGCAUGUCUCUGGUUCCAAUGGCGAUAGUUUGCAUGCUGUCUAACAUCCUUCUGCUGAUUCCUGAACUUAACAUCCACUUCCUGUUGGAGGGUCACGUGACUAGAGAGGCCACCUGGGCCACAGGCCUGUGGGGGUCAGGCUUCCUGGUUUUACUGGGAGCUCGAGUGUUUGUUCAGAGCAGUAGAACCAGAGGUUGCUGUGCUUUCAGGAGUCAGAUGUUGUCUCAUGUGGCAUACUCCUGUGUGUGUCUGCUGGCUGCUGGUAGCUGUUGUUUGGUCAGUGCCACUGGUCUUGUUCAGGGCCCCCUUUGUCUCUACAACACCACCACUGGUACAACCUGGGGGGUCCCACUGAAACCCUUGGCUGACAGUCACUCAGGGUAUCUGUACAACAGGACUCUGUGGUCUGGAGUAUGUCUGCAGCCACGAGCUGUAGUUGAAUGGAAUGUAGUUCUGUUCAGUGUGAUGGGGGGCACCAGUGCACUGCAGACUGUCCUCUGUGCAGCCAACAUCCUCAACUCACUGCUGGGACUGAUCGUUGGUCAAGGAUUCUGCCACAACAAGGUCUCUAUGAGGGUCCAGAUGAGGUUUUAUGGUUCAGAUUAG